AUGUCAGCAACCGCCACACGACAUGUGAAGUCGUCCAAUUCGGCGAACAUCCUUAUGUGCAAACAAUGGUGGAAAGUGUGUUGGAUGUACGGCGACCAAGAGAAAUACUACAGACAGCUUUAUGGCAAACGGAAACUCAACAACAUAAAUACAACAUUCAUAAACUUUGAUGAAGCAGACACCAAAAGGCCAGGCGCACAGAUCACAGAACUUACAGACGAUUUCUUUGAAGAUAAUUGUUCACAAAUAGAACCCGCGCCAGACGAAGUAGACGCUCCGAAAGAUACAACUUUUGGAGCAGAGGCCGACGCUGUCUACGGCUUCGAUUACCAAACUAAGUGGCAGAAAGACCAAAGAAGACAACCCAUACAACAAAGUUACGAUGAAUAUAUGAACACUACAGAUCUAGACAAAAUAUUAAAUACAAAUCUCAACGCGGAUAGUAUUAAGAGUAUGUUAGAAAACGGUCUACCUCAAAGAUCUAAAAUUAUUGAUGCAAAGGAAGAAGUGAUAAGAAAUGGGAACACAGUGGGGAAAAAUUCUAGGACAGUUUGUAGGACGAAAAAGGGUGCGUUAGUUACUGAAGAAACUGAGAUCUCAACUGAUGGUCGGACUUUAGCAAACCUGAAGUUUCAGAGGUCUACAGUAAAGACAGGUCCUAACAAAGUGAAAGAAGUGCUUCAGCCGUUGACGGAGGACAAAGUGUUGGAUGAGUGCUCUCGGAAGAAGUGCAUCGGAGACAGACUGACGACCACCACCACCACGCUGGUGACCGUGACGCAGACGUCGAUGACGUCGUGCAAUGAUAUAAUUUCUCCCACGGUGUAUUUUGCCACAAAGCCCCGUUCUGAUCGUACCGGCGCAGACGCAGCCGCACGCAGUUCCGGUAAUGACGUUAUUGGAAUCCGCCAUGAUUGCGGUCUCGUGGUUUUGGGACAUGGCAGGGACGAUGGGGAUGUACGGUUUCAUGGAAAUAAUUAUAGCAAGAGUAUUAAAAUUUUAAGCCUUUAA